GGGGGCGAUAAUUAUCGCGUUUUGGCUCAAGCUUGGGAUUUCUCGGCUUCUCAAACAAAUACUACAUCCCUUUAUGCCUGGAACGAUGUCCAAAGCGGGUCUGCAAGUAUCGGGGAAGCUAUCUAUAUGGUUAUCUUCGACAUGUCCCUGCAUUCGAUCUAUACGAUGUCUAUUGUUUCCGUCGUCGGGUCUUUGAUUCUUAUCAUCCUCGUUGAGUAUUGCCCCCGGAGAACACUGCUUAUGUAUCCCUCACUGGCGCUUGCCAUUGUAUUUGCAAUUCUUGCAACUGUCGUGCAAAUAGCCACGUCCAAAACAGCUGUGCUAGAAAUAGCAACGACUAUAUUAUGCUACGGGAUCUUCAAUAUAGGCCCCAAUCUUAUUCUUUUUGUGAUGCCCACGGAAUUAUUCCCAACCAGCUACAGAGCAACAUGUUUUGCUCUCGUAUAUUCGUCCGGAAAAUUGGGCUCAAUUCUAGUCCAGAGCAUCCCCGCUGUCCUCUACUCAAGUGACCAGCAUGGCCGUGGCUAUUUUUUGUUUUCCAUGAUCGGAUGUCUGUCGGCAAUAUCUUUAUUCUCCCGGAUUUGGCUACCGACUUAUGGAACUUCGCCAAUUUCUCGGUUUGCUAGGUACAGAUUUUUGAACUUAGAAGACCAAUUGGAGGAGAUCACCAGACCUGAAAGGAUGGCCCUGGGGCGUCUGGGGGGGUUUGGGUGGCUUGAGAAUGCACCAACAGAGAAUACACAGAGUAGGAAUUAUACAAGUUCGAGAGGAAAAGGGGGGCCCGGACAGAGCGAGGGGAUGCCAUCUCAGAUUUAGUUAUUCAAAAUCACCCCUUGACAGAAGAUUUUUCACAC